AUGUUAUCAUCACGCGGUCAAGCGAAUGCUGACCAACUAGAUAUUCCAUUUCGAUUUGCUCAAGGCACCAAGUACGAUCACGAGACUAAUCCUGACGGAUUGAUAUCGUUUGGUACGGCGGAAAAUGCAUUAAUGCAGCAAGAGCUAGAAGAGUUUGCCAAAAAGGUAGACGCUGGCGGCACCCACUUACCUUCUGCGCUGGCAACGCACAUCAACGAGUACUUUCAUCCUCACCAGCUCCUUGUUGGCGACGACAUCAAAAUCACGGCCGCAGCAACAGCACUGCACAGUGUCCUAGCAUAUUCUCUCUGCUCACCUGGAGAAGCAAUUCUGACGACUAAGCCCUACUACGGCCGCUUCGAGCUCGAUUUCGGAAACGAAGCCGGCGUCGAACUUGUGGCUGCUGAGACCGAUCAUGAGAAAUGUUUCGACGAGGAUGUUGUUGUGGCUUUGGAACAGAAGCUCGAAGCAUGUGAGAAAGUAGGUGUAAAAGUCAGGGCGCUGCUUAUCGUGAAUCCGCAUAAUCCGCUAGGCCGAUGCUACUCCAAACCCACCCUACUCGCGCUGCUCUCUUUCUGCGCCAAACACGCCUUACACAUCAUCUCGGACGAGAUCUACGCGCUCUCGGUGUUCAGCAAUACCAAGUUUCCAGACGCAGUACCAUUUACGUCCCUCCUUUCGCUAGAUACGAAAGCCAUCAUUGAUCCUGACUACGUCCACGUCACGUACGGUCUAUCCAAAGACUUUGGCGCCGCGGGUCUCAAGAUUGGGGCACUCAUUACACGCAAUGAACAGUUGAAGAAAGCGGUUCAUGCUGUUUUGCGGUUCCAUGGUGUGAGCGGGCCGAGUGUGGCGAUUGGGACCGCCAUGUUGGAAGAUCGCGUGUGGUGUCGGGGCUUCAUUGAUUUGGCGCGGGAGAGGAUUGGCGAGGCAUAUGAGUUUGUUACGUCAAGGCUAGAAGAGCUGGGCAUUGAGUAUUUCAAAGGCGCAAAUGCGGGGUUCUUUGUGUGGAUUGACUUGAGCCGAUAUUUACCGCCUGCACAGGAGGGGAGGAGUGUUUUCGAGCGAGAGUGCAUGUUAGCGCAGAAGCUGGUCGAUGGCGGCGUGUUCCUGCAUCCUAGAGAAGAACAUAGUAUUAGACCGGGUUGGUUCAGGGUGGUGUAUACGAUGGAAAAAGUGUUCAUGGCGGAGGGUAUGAGGAGAUUGGGGAAAGUCCUGAAAGAACUGCAGUGGUAG